AUGACUGGGACGAUCGUCUUGCUGGUGGUGUUGCUCGUUUGCCCGUCGCAACAUCCCGCGCAGAGCUUCGAGGACCGCGGCAGCGACGAUUCUGGAGGGAACAAUGGGACCGAGCUGGUGAAAAGUCACUCUAGACGAGCCAGAACUCUCGUUUUCCCUGAUCCCACCCAGCUUCUGCUGAUCUUCGGCCUGGGAACACCGUUGCAGUUGAAUUACGAGAACGUGAUCGUCGGUAUAUUCGCUAAAUACGUGUACAAUUUGCCGACCAAUGCGACGGAUUUCACUCUGCCCGGUGUCUAUUACUCCCGAAGCCAGAAGAGCAGGUGGAACGUCUACAAGAUGCUGGAGAAAGCAGCAGGGAUUUAUGGAUUCGGUGGGAAAGCGUGUCUGUUGAAGGCCAUCUGCGAGGCAGCGUCGGUUCCCUUUGACAGCACCCACAGUUUACUCGGACAAUUGUUGCAGGUAUUCUUCAAGCCUUCCAGCACCGACGAGCAAUACGAGGAGUACGAAGACCAGGAAUAUCGGGCGGCCGAACGUUUGGGCGAGCAAAUGUCGGCGGAAAACUGCCACGCCCUUUAUCCGGAAUGCCGACGAAGUAUCCUCGAUGUGUUCUCCAUGGUCACCGUAUGAAUACCAAAACACCAGCACGACGACGACGACGACGACGAUGGGAUACUGGCUGAGAUUUCAGUCUCUGGUUAGA